CUAAGAUGAGUUAACAGUGGAGAAGAAAAGGAGAAAAAAGGCAGAAAUAAAAAGCUGUUAGUUACGGUACAAGACGUCUGACACCAGGAGUAUUGUAGUGGGGGGAAAAAAUGCAAAUUGUAUACAGGGUUCUUUAUUCACCACCUUUUUUCUGUAUAAAUAUUUAAAUUUAGUCAAAUUAGUUGUAUUUUUUUACUUUUUAUAGUAUUUGCUCUUAAUGUUGCAAAUAGGCUAAGGAAUAUAUAUACUACUGCAUGUUGUGUACAUACUAACCUCUUGCUCAAGGUAUUUAUUAGUGUAUAAAUACUAAAUUCGUUUUUUAUGUAUUUGUCUGGUUUAUUCUAUUGAAAUAUUUUAAUUUUUAUUCUUUUUUCUGUUGCUAUUGACGUUAAGGUCAAACUAAGAAUUAGGGUAAACAAUUUUAGGGUAAACCAUGGGCACUUUAGCAACGCCAUUGCUAUCCAAGUAGCAGAACUCAUACAAUAACCUUCAGUUUUGUGAAAUGUAUAUGGCUAUAAACAAUUAAAUUAUGUAUUUUUGUCACCGUCCGACACAUUAUGAUGUGUUCUGUGUAUAAACUCUGUCCACUGCCACCUUGCGUGGACAGCGCGGGGUUUACGUACAGUGACGCGGGGUUUGAACUUGCAGCUGUGACGCACAGUGAGCCAGCCUCUUUGUUUGACUUUUUUCCCCCACGGAGGACUCAGAGAGACAGAGGGGAGGGUAAGAGGGAGUGAGAGAGACCAAGGACAGACCUCGUGAACCGGCGUUGUGGUUUUCAUAAAUCCAACCUUUUAUUAUUUUGAUCCAGAACAAACCGCGGAAGAGUUUCCACCACAUGUCCGGUCUCUGAACGUUGAUUUCAGUCACAUUUAUCCAUCAAACCGAUCAUAUGAACAUAGAAGAAUAUAUUGAAGAAGAUGAGGAACCACCUCUGCUGCUCAGCCCUCGUCCUUCUCACGGUGUUUGGCUGUGGUAGGACUGCACCGGUGCAGUGUCGGUGGGGGGAUGGGUGCGCGUGUCAUCAGUGUCCUGCAGGAGAGCAGCCGAGCAAGGUUUGUGGCCAAAUCCACAGUCCAACAGAGAAUGUAGAAUGUGGCGCCUGUCCAACCGGAACCUUCUCAGAUGCGUUCAGCUCCGAGCUGUGCCGUCCGCAUGUCUCCUGCGAGCUCCUGGGUCGAAAGGUCUCCGCCGCAGGCACUACAACGUCGGAUGCCACAUGUGGCGACUGUCUGUCAGGGUUUUAUUCCAACACUCCUCAGGAAGUUCCCAACCAAAGCCCAUGUUUGAAGCCCUCUCAUGCCAGACCAGUUCGCACGGUCGGUAAAGGUCCCUCUGCUGGUGCAGGUGGUCCGGCCAACGGCACGGUGGUGCAGAGUGCUGAGGAGAAGACAGCCGAGUAUGCUGUCUUUGCUUUGGUUCCCAUCUUCUGUGUGAUGGGCCUGCUGGGCAUCCUCAUCUGCAACAUCCUGAAGAAGAAAGGAUAUCACUGCACGGCCGAGAAGGAAGCAGCGGACGAAGAGACAGCCUCACCCAAGAAAGAAGGUAACACUUGUCCCCAUCUCUCUGAGGACGUGAAUGAAGACACCAUCAGUGUCCUGGUUCGUCUCAUCACUGAGAAGAAAGAAAAUGCUGCAGCACUGGAGGAACUGCUGCUAGAGUACGAGAACAAACAGAUGGCCAUGAGCAAAAGCUCAACAAUCAAGUUUCCUAUGCUGUCUCCCUUGGCGUCCUUCCGCUCGCUGCCUAGACUGUGCCCACAUCAGUCCCAUCUGCACACUAUCUCCGGUCUCUCCGGCCUGGCCCCAAGACACGGCUAUCGCUGCUCCCGCUGCUCUCAUAAGAAGUGGCCCCCUGUCCUUAUUCCUCCACUGGACCCCUUCAAAGAUCCUCUGAAGCCCUUGCCAACUCUCAUCCUGCCCUCCCUGAAUACAUCCACUGAUCAGCAAAAGAGCCCCCUGCUGGACGGAGUGUGUGCUGACACCCACCAUACUCAGAGUAUUGUGCCAAACAUUGUGCAGAGGGCUGAGGUGAAGGAGAAAACGGAGGGAGAAGUAACAGUGUUAUCUGUAGGGAGGUUUCAAGUUGCUCAGAUUCCUGAGCAGAAGCCCAUGACAUGUGAAACCAAAACUUCAUUCCAGGAGCAGAGAAAUUCUCUGUUUGGUGGCAAACUCUUCUCUUCUUCAUCUGGAAUCAAAAGAUGACGAGACAUGGAGGCACUGAAUGAUGACACUAAUUUAAUUACCUUAUCAUCUGAUGACUGAUGGUUGUUGGUAUAGGAAUUUUUUUGUGUGCAAAUGGACAAUUGUCAGCAUUCAAAUGACACCUGAAGGGAGAAUUACGGAAAGUAAAGAACAAAAGCAGAACGGAGUUGACCAUGCUAACGCCAAGAGAAGUGUUAUUGUUAUUCUUUUUUUUUCUUCUUAUUUUCGUAGAAACUUGACACGGAUCAGCUGUCAGUCAACCAUUUCAAUGACAGGUUGUACAAACAGUUUGCUUUUUUUUGAUUACACAUACACACGGAAGUUAACACUAGCUUUGUAGAAAACAUCUACAGUUCUCACUCACAUGGAACUAUGGGACUGUAGACAUAAGUAGAUCAUACAUUCCAUACAUAACUUUUUUUUUAGGAUUUCUAUGUUCAGUAUAUUUUAAUGUAAUGUUUUAGGGCUGGUAUGAAUUAAAGAUGACCACACUGUGUCAUAUUUGUAAGUCAUUAAUCCCAAAAGGCGUGUGAUGAAUAUGAGAGGAAAAUGCUGAUUAUAGAUUAUUUGUUAUAGAGAUUCACUCACCUUUUGACACAACAUGACCCUUUGUUUUACCAGAGUAUAAAAACACAAUUUGUUCCUCAUAGUUUCAUUGAAAUUGAAUUAGUAACUGCUGCUAAGUAAAUUCUGCUACGACUAAGAGUCUUGCAACUCUUGCAGCUUUAGUUUACACCAACUUUUCAUAAAACAUGCUGUCGUGAAGAAACACUACUCGGAUCAGCCAUAACGUUAUGACCAUCGUUAAAGAGGACUAGAAUAAGGACUUGACAAUGGCCAAGCUGUGGGAGACUUGACAGCUGGGUCAGAGCAUCUCAACUACUAGAAAUCUUCUGGUAUGUUUUUAGGAAGAAAUCUGCAUUUAAUAGCAAAAAAAAAAAAAAAAAAA